GAUUAACAGACAAGCUCUGCUCCGAAUAGCAUCUAGUUAAAGAGGCAAGAGGGAACCCUUCUUCUCUCCGCCGCCCGCAUCUCUCUCUGUUUAUUUAUUCUUAUCUCCUUUGCACUCUUCAAAGAGAAACCAGCUAAUAAUCAAAUCUCAAGAUGAAUAGGGAGAAGUUGAUGAAGAUGGCCAACACUGUCCGCACUGGCGGAAAGGGUACAGUCAGAAGAAAGAAGAAGGCUGUGCACAAGACCAAUACAACUGAUGACAAGAAGCUUCAAAGCACCUUGAAGAGAAUUGGAGUUAACUCCAUUCCAGGAAUUGAAGAAGUUAACAUCUUUAAAGAUGAUGUUGUUAUUCAGUUCACCAAUCCUAAGGUUCAAGCUUCAAUUGCUGCAAACACAUGGGUUGUUAGCGGUUCUCCUCAGACCAAAAAAUUGGAAGAUAUCCUUCCUCAAAUCCUCAGUCAGCUCGGGCCAGACAACAUGGACAAUCUGAGGAAGCUAGCAGAGCAGUUGAAGAAGCAACCUCCUGGUGAAGGUAAUGCCUCAGCAACCAUCCAAGAGGAGGAUGACGAUGAUGUCCCAGACCUUGUAGCUGGUGAGACGUUCGAAGCUGCUGCUGCUGAAGAGAAAGUACCUGCUGCUGCUGCUGCUGCUCCUGCUGCUCCUGCUGCUGCUCCUGCUGCUCCUGCUGCUUCUUCCUAGACAAGAAAAAAAAGCACUUGGAUUUCUGCGUAUCUUUAUAUAUGUUUGUUCUCUCCAUCCUUUUCUUUUGUAGUGUUUCCGACCAGAUUCUACUUUCCCAGAUAAUGAUUUUAAGUUUUUCUUUUUUAUCUAAUUGAUUAUUUCAUC